AUGCACCACUCCCGGCGGAAAUCUGGACACGGUUCUAUGACCGAUGUCCGAAAGGCGGCGUCCACUUCCGACUCCAAGCACAAAACGUCCUCCAAGCAUGGCAACAGCAGUAGUAGCAGUCGCCGGACAGGCAGCUCCUCGCAACCCAGCUCAAAGUCCAGCAAGUCGGGAUCUUCGAGCCGGGACGCAGAGAAGCUACGUGACGACGACUACUGGUACGACGACGAGAGGGAAAGCUUCCCGCAGUUCUGCAUGACCUGCGAGAAGCAAUUUGUCGCAAAGGAUGACCGUUUCCUCUACUGUUCAGAAGCUUGCCGGGACUACGACCAAGAGCACGGCGCCAGCGUGAGCGCAAAAAGCUUCAAGGACACCUAUGCCAGCAGCAGGAUGUACUACACGGAGGCCCAGGAGCCGCGCGACAUUAUCCCCCGCGCGUCACCCUCCCGGCCCAGCUCCACCUACUUCUCGCUCCCGCCCACGCCCGCGAACAUGUCCUCCACUGUUCCUGCCACCACGUCCUCCGCCAUGGCUGCGCUGCGUUCCUUGUCUCUGCGCGACGCCAGCCCCCCAUCGCCAACACUAGCGGCCUCUUCCUCUGGCAUCUGGCCCUUCUCCACGCGCAGCAGCGCCACCAGCCCAAGCACAUCCUAUACGCAGCCCUCGGCGGUGUAUGCAUCGACGUAUGACCAAGGUCAGGGAUACUACCGCAGCUCCGGUGCACCCAACUACUACACCUACGGGGCAGGCGCAUCUGGGUACCUGACAACAGAGCGGCCAUUGCCUCCUCGGCGGCCCAGCAGCUACGCUCGCCCGAAAAGCAUUGAGCUCGUGACGCCUCUACUUGGACAAUGA